AUGUCGGCGAAGAAGCUCUCGAAGAGCAAGACAAGGUUCUUCGGAGUGCGGGCGAAGCCGUCCAACAACUUCAGCGUCGAGUUCUCCGAUGACCGCCCUUGCUUCUGGCUCGACACGUACCCCACCGCCGACGAGCCCGCGUGUGCGUACGAUGUGGUAGCGUGGCAUGGUAGGAUACCGAGGACAGAGCUUGACUUCCCGGAGAUUGAGACCCGGACUGGUGCGGAGUUCCUCGCGCUGGAGAAUUUCUGGAUGGAGGAGAAGCCAUUCGAGUUGCUCCCGGCGAUAACGGAGACGCGACGAUGGCGAGGUUCACGUGGGAGCAUUCUGGGUGUCUCUAGGCCGAGCGCGAGUUCUACUAGAAGCACAAGAAGAAGAGCGUGA